AUGACUUGGCCUUCCCGUGACAUGUGCGGGGUUCAGGGGCUGAGCCAGACCCGCCAACCUAGAAACAACUCCACCGUCCAGCCUCAGAUCUUCAAGCUCCAGGCUUUCUUCCAGUUGACCUUUAUAAACACUUCCCCUACAAUGGAAAGUGGCACUGGAUCAGAGGUAUCUGAUAAACUCCGUGAACUAGCGGCUGCCAUACAAUCUGCUGGUGACGAUAAACUCGCCAAAACACUACGCAAAAUCUCCAACUCGCGCGGCCUAAUCACAUCAUUCCGUGCAAACACUCUAAGCACUGACCCAGACUUGGAUCCUGAAAAAUGGUUCAAAAACUGGGAAUCGGAUUCAGGCGACAAGUUAUCCGACAAGCAAGUGAUACGGCUUGCAGCGCUCACAAAAAGUUGGAGCCAUCAGACCGGAAAGGACAUUGAAACAUUAAAACAUUGGAUUUCGAACCAACUGGCCCCUCUCCUUCUGCGCCCACGUCACAUUCCUAUACCACUCCCACUUUGAAACCAAGUCUGACUGACUCUCAUCCGCCACUGUUUCUUCAGUUUGGUCUAAUUGACGCAGUUCAUUUUCCACAUCCUUUCCCUAUAUUGACACCGGAAACACAGUCUCUAUAAAAUAAACUUAGUCACCAUGUUCCACAACCCCAUCUCAGGUGUCAAAAAACCCCAAUCAACGUAGAUAUGUGGACGGUCGACUUUCCACGUAUGAUUCGACAACCAGGUUGAGAGGAUCAAAAGCUCAAGUAUAUAAGGUGGUCGUAAGAACUCCAAGACACACUGAACAAAAAUUGCCAGUCUUCUUUCCCGUCUCCAACGCGGUAAUCCGGGAUGAUUUCUUCUAUUUGGCUGCAGGAAAUUUCUGCAUGCUAGAAAGUCCCACACGAAGUUAAUG